AUUCCCUACACCACAGCCGCCUCUGAGUUCCUGUACGGCUUCAACGUCGUCGUUGCAGCCCUCACAGCCAAACGCCGCCAGAUGUACAACGUCUACAUCCACAAGCGCGCCCUUCACAAUCCCGCCGUCACAUCCAUCGAGACCCUCUGCAAACGGGUCCGCGUGAAAUUCACUCUCGUCGACGACUCUUUCCUCCCCAAGAUGGACAAAAUGGCCCAAGGCCGCCCUCACAACGGCGUCAUCGUCGAAGCCUCUCCCUUACCAAUCCUACCCACAAAAUCGCUAGGUAGAAUGGGCAGAACGGACGCAGCCAUCCCCAUUGAACUAGCCGAUCAGUCCGCCGAGGAGAGGAAAGUCAAUGGUGAUCCAUCAACUAUACCUGCUCACACCACUACCUGGCGCAAACCAUUCGUACUGCUCCUCGACGGCAUCCUCGACCCAGGAAACCUCGGCAAUAUUCUCCGCACAGCACACUUCUACGGCGUGGAUGCAGUCGCUGUGUGCACAAAUACCUGCGCACCCGUCAACCUCCCCAUCGUCCAAAAAGCAGCGUCAGGAGCCGCAGAAGCCUUGACCAUUCUCUCCAUACCUACACCCGCAAACUUCGUCACCGUAUGCAAAAAACAGGGCUGGUCCAUCUACGCUGCCGUGGCCCCAGAUGCAAACUCUGCAAAAUCUUCCAAGGGCAAUUUGAUUACUUCAUCCAUGAUCUCGCCGUUGUCAAAGGGCCCUAGUAUCCUUUGCAUUGGCGCUGAAGGAGAAGGGUUGAGGGCAAACCUCGCUACAAAGGCCGAUGCUAAUGUAGGCAUCAGAGGUGCCAAGUCUGCUUUGCCGUCUUUGAACGUCGGAGUUGACAGUUUGAAUGUGGGAAGUAGUGUUGCAGUGUUGUUGGAGGCCUUC